AUGGCCGAGAUGGAGUUGACGUUGGCAGGGUCCGCCGGCCUCGACGAGGAUGUGGAGGGCACUCUCCGCUGUGCGCUGUGCAGCAACACCUGGCCGGAGCAACUCUUCUGCCCUCGGCCUGCGGCGAUUCGGACCUGGUCGGAGGCCUCUGCCGCUGAGUUGCCCGCGUGCAGCAAGCCAGGUGGCCAAGAGCGGCAGCAGGAGCCGUCGCAGCCUCCGCUCCCCUGUGCGCUGCCUUCGCUUUGUUUGCCCUGCGACCAGCUGGUGCGACGGCGGCAAGCUCCGAAGGAGCCACUUCGGGGCCACGCCGUGCUGCUUCGGGGCGCCGCGGCGGCACUGCAGGCGGCCGCUGCAAGUCUCGCUGGUGAGGAGGAGUUCCAGCCGGUGCUGAGCCAAACGCUGGUCGACCUGGGCAAAGGUUCCACUGCGUUGCUUCUGAACUUGUCGUCGCAUGCAGCUGUGGCCCGGGUGCUGAAAGAGGGAGUACCAGGCUGCGCAGCGGAUUACCUUCCCGGGGAAGAGGCCCAAGCUUCCUCGUUCACGGUGGCAGUGUACCCUGCGGUGCUGGACCUGGAUCCCAGUUCUCCGAUCCCGUGCACUGACAAUCUGGGCAACUGGCUUUCCUCCGUUGGCUGCGCGGUGCUGUCUGGCCGUGGUCACUAUGUGGAGCUAAGCGAUGCAGAGAGCAGGUUGCGCGCACUGGCGCUCAACGGCGCUCUGUGGCAGGGGCACGUCAUGAAGGUUUGUGAUGCCUGCGACAUGGAGUUGGCUGGCCGUGCAGCUGCCUCCCCAGUGCCAAGGAGGAGGAUGAAGCUCCACUGGCUGCGGGCCCUGCGUGGCCUCUGCCUUGCUUCCAAGCAGCGGAUUCUCAGUUUCCUCGGGGAGGCUCCUGUUCUUGUACCCCACGAUGCCGCCAGCAUUGAAGAAGCCCUGGACAUGUCUCCGGCAGAAGUCAUCAUCGCAACUGGCACCUACCACUUGGCACAAGGGCUGCGAUUGCGCUCGCGCGUGCGCCUUCUGGGCGAGGGUGCGACAACCUUGCAGCUGUCUGCGCCUUUGGAAGUGCAGUCUGAGUUCGGAGCGGAGCUGUCGAAUCUGAAGCUCGUGGCUCAGUGCCCCCGAGGCUGCGCUGCGGAUGCCCUGCAUCGAUGCCCCUCCUGUCCCAAGGCAGUCGUCCGCGUACUUGGCUCUCAUCUGGUUGCCGUGGGGCGGGGUCUGGUCGGUUUGGAGGGGGUCUUCGGCUGUUGCAGCUGGGGCAAGGCAGAGGUCGUACUGGAGCGUUGCACCAUUCGUGGAGGACAUCACGCACUGGAUAUACGCGGCGGCUGCGGCGUGCGCAGCCGGGCAGGGAAGCAGGUGAGCACUCUCCAUAGAGCAGAAGAGGAGUCGGUUUCCUCCUUUAGCUUCGAUCUCGGCUCCUGGCUGGGACGCUGCCGGGCGCAGGGAGCGACGGGAGCGCCGGAGGUUGAGCCGGCCAGUUUCCGGCCCUGGUCCGGACAAAGCUGGAAGGCGGUGGUGCAGACGCACGUGCGCGCCAUCGACUGCGACAUCUCUGACGCAGGGAUGGAGGCCGUAAACCUCUGGCGCGGUGCUCGUCUCCACCUCUCUGGCUGCCGUCUUCACCACUGCGGCCAGGGAAUUAGCGUCAGCCUUUACGAGAACAACCCCCAGUUUGCAGCCUUCGCACCGUUUCAGGAGCCGCACGACUUGGUCGUGGAGAACUGCCAGUUCGAGCAUUUCGCGCGGCACGACUGGUCCAGCGCCUUGUCGCUGGGGCGCUUCGCAACUACAGGUUUCUGCCGGGACGCUGCCCUGACGAAGAGCUCGACCACAGGAAAUCUUCGCUUGCGUGCUCGCGUCGUGGGAAAUUCCAUGCGUGGCUGCCAUGCCGGUGUCCUGGCCUCCGAGUGCGCCCUUGAAGCCACCGGAAAUCGGUUCGAGUCGAUGAAGUUUGCGGCAUUUCAGAUCUUCAACGGCUCCGCCUUGCUCGAGGAGAAUGAAGUGGUGCAUUGCGCAGUGGCUGUCUCUCUACGUGCUGGGCCGCGAGAGCGAAUGCCGGGGGCGUUGACAUGCCAGCUGAGGGGCAACGUUCUCCGCGGCUGUGAGCUGGGGAUGAAGGCCUGUUCGGCCCAGGGCAGCCGCCUGCAAUGCCAAGGACGGGAGGAAGGUUUCAUCGAAAAUGGCGACGGGCUUUUGCUACAGGGAUCCUCCUGCGUCGUCCGGCUUUCAAGGUGCCAGAUAGCCCGCUGCCAGCGGGGUGGCGCGCACGUGGAGAAGGGAGCCCGACUUGAGCUGGAGUCCUGUGAGCUCCGGGAGAACGGCCGUGGCCUCGUCGUGGCCGGUGGGAGUUCUGCAGAUGUCCAGCGCAGUUCCUUCGAAGGCCACACAGGUUGGGCCAUUCGUCUGGAGCCGACGCUUUCUGCUGGGGAAGACGUCGAGAUGACGACGAUUGCCGACAAUGUCUUUGGGCCGCAGCUCCGUGGCAACGCAGGCCGCAAGCGAAUCCGCGUGGAUGCCAGGACCAGCCCUUGCCCUGCUGAGCUGGCAGGGGCGACACUACCGUCCUGGCUGGAAACAAGCAGUCGGACGGUGAAGCUGUGGAGGCAGUGA